CUGGAGAAUUCUGGAGUACGACCAUCGUGCAUCCGCUUGCGGUGUGUUGGACAUUGGAUCUGAUUGCCACAGAUAUGACGGUGUCUAUCAAUGCCUUUUCAACGAAACGUCCCCCGGGAUUUUACACCUCAUAUGCAUCUGUUGUGAUCGAUCGUGAUCUUCAAUAUCCGUCAUCCUACUAGUAGCGGUAUACUAACGAGUAUCACUUAAAGAUUUUUCCGAAUCGUUUUGUCUUCCAGCUUCUCUCGUAUCACCGCGGUCCUCCCUGUAUGUAUCAAGCUGGUGUUCGAUGGCACAAGUACUAAGUAAGUGAAUGAAUCUGCUCAUCUCGCUGAAUUGACACGAGUCAUGUCGCCUAUCUUUUGGGCCGUUUCGAAUGGACAUCGGGUUCGAUUCUGCUGCUUCAUGUGAUCAUAUGACAGUGAUCUGCCAUGGCUGUCAGGAUUGUCCGACAUAUGGAGAUGGCGCACAUACGCACAAACUCCGAUGGGGGGACGACUGGGGGCGAAUAUGGCAAUGUCAAAUGUUGUCCAGAAGUGCCAGGUUACCGCCAUGUUGGCGUAUUUCAUAAUUCCCACGGGCCAUCUGCCGUGCAUUUGCUACCAGCCACAACCUACUUCAUUCAAGACCCAAAGGGCAAGAAACAGGCGAAUAACGGCAACCGAGGAGCGUGUGGGUCACUCACUUCCAAGAAAACCCCAAUUACGCUAGAUGUGAUUAACUUAUAUGGACUUCGCCGGGAGUCGGUAGAUCUUCAACUUGUAAAACACGGGGAUGUUUGCGUCACCGCAUUUUACUAUGAUACAACAGGAUACAGCCUAUAUGAGUUCUUUAUUAUCGGCUACUCUGUUUUGGAGUCGGAAACUUCCGCUGAGUGCAAUCUGCAACAACACACUGACUCGGAUUCAUUCCUGUCGUCGAUGUAUUGCCACUGGCCCAUCAUUGUUUCUAUCCUGAACAUAGCAAUCUCUAUCAUUGCUGCCUCCUGGGCGCUAGCCGCCGACCGCCAAUUUAGUCGCACGCAGACACGACUUGUUGAUAUGAUCAAUAGAAGAUACGAUUCUGUCGCGAUUCAAUCGAUUUCACAUACCAAUAGUCUCGAACCAGACGUUUACCGUUCCGGGACCAAUCUUAGGGUUCUUCGUUCAGGGAAGCGCAGGGAAGCGUCAGCGGUGUUUACUAUAGUACGGCGGAUGUUUACAAGUACUAAUACUCGCAGUCUGUGUGACGUGGCCGGUAAAUUUCGCAAGUCGCGGUACAAUUGGUCAUGGGCUGAGGGGGUCCCGGCAGUGUAUAUCUGGGUCCGCACCUGCGCGCGGUGUCGAGCACCUAUCGCCAUUGGGCGAUAG